AUGUCGCGCUCACGACGAGAUUACCCCAGCAGUACUUAUCCCGAGGUCGGAUCGAGCUACAGCAGAUCUGACUACGGCCACGGCUACGACAACAACAGCAACAUCAGCGGCUACUCUUCCACUUCAAGGAGGAAUACCACUACUAGUAGCUCCAACCAACACAGCCAUGGCGACUAUCCACGAAGCAGAGAUUAUCGCCACCGCGACAGAUACGAAAGGCGUCCUCGAGAUGCUCAUUCCGCAGAUCCUCGUCGCGGGCGCUCCCAUUCCCACGAGCGCAGCAGAGAAGAAGAAGAUAGCAGUAGCAGCAGCAGGAAACCCAACAGCCGCGCCCGCAGCGCCAGUAACAACAACAGCUACAGCAACAGGAGCAACAGCAAUAGCAACAAAACGAUAAAGCAGCACACCAGGGGCAUCUGGGAAAAGUUUGUGCCGUCGGAUUAUCGACCGUCGAGGGCCGAUCCGGAUGCCAGAAGGGAGCGGUUGAGCAAGGAGCACGAGUCGGAGGGGUUUGACUGGACGCCCGGGUUUGUGCUGGCGUUGAUGGGGGCGGCGACGCUGUUUAGUGUGGAGAGGUCGUUGGUGAAGAGGCAGAAGAAGGAUUAUAUUCAGCAUUGA